AUGGCUCACGUCAACUCUCCCACCAAGGAGACUGUGCCCACUGCCCGUCGCUACACCGAUGAAGACGAGCUCGAAAGCACGCACAUGUCUCCUGCCAAAUAUGCUGCGACGAGAAUUACCACCCUCAAGCCUCCCAUGGCGAAGGCACCCAAUCCUUUCAAGCUCCUGGCCAUGCUGAACACCCAACAAUGGCUUUUCUUUCUCGUGGCCUUCCUUGGCUGGUCAUGGGACGCCUUUGACUUCUUCACCGUGUCGCUCACUGUGUCUGAUCUGGCCGAGACAUUCAACAAGUCCAACACUGAUAUAACUUGGGGCAUUACUCUGGUGCUUAUGUUCCGUUCAGUGGGAUCAACCAUUUUCGGUAUCGCUGCUGAUCGAUAUGGUCGGAAAUGGCCCUUCAUUAUCAACAAUAUUCUCUUCAUCGCCCUCGAACUUGGCACCGGCUUCACCCAGACGUACGGCCAAUUCCUCGCAGUGCGCGCCCUCUUCGGCAUUGCCAUGGGCGGUUUGUAUGGCAAUGCCGCAGCCACCGCACUGGAAGAUUGCCCCGAAGCGGCCCGGGGUCUCAUUUCCGGGAUGCUACAACAAGGCUACGCGUUUGGAUAUCUGCUUGCUACGGCAUUUGCUCGUGCCCUGGUCAACACGACGUCGCACGGUUGGAGACCGCUGUUCUGGUUCGGCGCGUGCCCUCCAGUGCUGAUCAUUUUGUUCCGUCUGAUGCUCCCCGAGACCCAUACCUUCCGCGCUCGCCAGGCUCUUCGUGCGCAGCAGGGUAGUUUGGCGGGUACCUUCAUUUCUGAGGGAAGAGUUGCGCUGAAGAAACACUGGCUUCUGCUCAUCUACAUGGUUCUUUUGAUGGCGGGCUUUAACUUUAUGAGCCACGGCUCCCAGGACUUGUACCCAACAAUGUUGACCAACCAAUUCAGAUUUUCCCCCAACGCCGUCACGGUCACGCAGGUUGUAGCCAAUCUGGGCGCCAUGACCGGCGGGACCGUCAUCGGAUACUGCUCGCAGAUCUUCGGUCGUCGAUUCAGCAUUAUCUUCAUUUCCAUCGUCGGCGGAGCGCUCCUGUACCCCUACACGUUCGUCACUUCCAAGGCGGUCAUUGCGGCGGCGUUCUUUGAGCAAUUCUGCGUCCAAGGCGCCUGGGGCGUCAUUCCGAUCCACCUGAUGGAGCUCUCCCCAGGUUCUUUGCGGACGUUUGUCGUGGGUACUUCUUACCAACUGGGCAACCUGGCUUCCUCGGCAUCUUCCACGAUCGAGUCCACCAUUGGUGAACGGUACCCUCUUACACCGCUCGUCAACAAGGACACAGGGAAAGUUACCAAAAGAUACAACUACGGCAAGGUCAUUUGUAUCUUCAUGGGCGCCGUAUAUGCCUACACGAUUUUGCUCACCCUCAUUGGUCCCGAGAGGAGAGGGCGGAAUCUGAACGUCGAACACGACGAGGAUAUGGCCGAGGUUACACACACGGAUCUGAGGCACCAGCAGGUUCCGGUGGGCCGGGCAGAUUCCAGCGAGGACGAGAAGGCCGUUGCGAGCGAGAAGGUUUGA